AUGGCGCGAAGCAAGAUCAAUUACAUCCACCUUCCUACCGAAGUCCUCCAGUACAUCUUCAGCCUCACGAAGCGACGAUGGCACGAGUUCGCUCUCGAACCGAACUCAAAAUUGCCAAACUUUGCUGUUGUAUGCAAGGCUUGGCUUCCAGCCGCGCGUCUAGCGUUGUAUUCUGAUCUCUACCUAUACCGCGACGACGACGAAGACGAGGACAAAACCCAAGACGAGACGCUUGAGCAACUGAAAGAGACACUCGUCGCCAACCCACUUCUCGCCGACCUCGUACUCUCCAUCAACUUUGCUCCCCCUAACGGGUAUUCUCCAGAGGGAACCGAGCUCGUCGCAGAGAUCAUCACGCUUUGUCCUCACGUCAGCCGCCUACACAUCCAAGGAUGGAACGACGAUAGCCUCCCCAAGCUUCGGUCAGCCGUCGCCGGUGCGAAGGCCCUCGAGCAUCUCGAGCUCUUUGCACGCUCCAUGGACGACCGCAGAUGCGACCCCUUCUGGAAGAACAUGGGCGACUUCUUCCACAUGCUCGGCAACUGGCCCAACGCGCGCACAAUCUUUCUUCAUCGCGACAUGUUCGGCAGUACAACCUGGAAGAACAAGAAGACCAAGUCUCGUAAUCCCCCUGCCGAUGGAGUCUGCCCUCGCCUGGAGCGACUUGCCUGGUUGAGCGGCAUCACCGAUCGGGCAUUAACUGAGCUCUGUCGCAUCGCGCCCAAUCUACGAUGCUUACACCUCAUCAACACUUCGCAACUAUCGCCGUCUACGAUCAAAUCCACAGUCAGCGCCUACGCGGAGACCCUGGAGUACCUGCAACUCGGAAUACCGGACAAGGAUGAGGAUGAGGAUGCAGCAGGGGCGCGUCCAUACGCUCUCGACAACGUUCUUCCCGGUCUCAAGCGCCUACGAACAUUGCACGCCAAACCGGCGCUCCUUCUCCCCCAGACGCUUGCACGCGGCUUUGUUGCCCUCGAAUAUCUGGUGCUUCAUGAGGUCAAGGAUCUGGGCCCCCUUCAGGACGCCAUCACCUCCGGACUUCCUUCAUUGAAGAACAUCAUGGUAUGCGGCGAGUAUGGCGAACCCGCAGGAGCCGGCGAGUUCGCGGAAGGUGCCCUGGCAAAGUUCAUCGACGUGUGCGCUGCUCGUGGCGUCACCGUCAAACGCCGCGGGCAUGGCUAUACUAAGGUGGACGAGUUGGCACAUAUGAUGGACUACCCGGAAGAGAUGGCCGCAGAGAUCGUGGAAAAGCAGAACUUUGGCAUCGAUUCGGAAAGGUGGGGUGGUUCAGGAAUGUCGGACGAAUUUGAUACAGACGGCUCUGAUCUGGACACCGACGAUGAGUCCGACUAUGAAUAG